UUCUAUUUUUGUUGCAUGCUCGCAUUUGCUGAUAUUUUUAAAACAGUCCCUGGAAUUCAUACGCACGCUUUUAGUCAUAAACAACUAAGGCUUCCAUCCAUUGCUGUCCUCUUAGAGACGGCCCCUUAUUUAUUUAAGUUGUUGUUGACGCUUUGUGAUAGUCCCUGGAAUUCAUACACUGCUUUAUAAACGCCUUAUUCUUUGUUUCUCUCUUCACAUAGUUAUUUAAUGAGUAACG